GGUAUUCUUGAAGAGUCAAAAUCUGGGCGAAACUCAAGUCGAAGAAGGCAAGGAUUCCGGUUUUUCAAUUCGACUUCUUGGAAUCUCAAGUUGAAGAGCUGGGCGAAACUCAACUCAACUCGAAGAGGUCCGAACUCGAACUCUUGGUUUAUCCAGGAUUACGAAAAUUUCAGAGGGGAAUGGUAAGCGUAAACGUACAAUGGUGAGGGUUUUUGGUUUUUUAUAGAUAUAUUGUUUAGAUUUUUUAGAUACAAUGGUGAGGCUGGGAUGUGAUUAUGUUUUGAAUUAUGGUUUUAUAUUUUGGUAACGAAGGCUGAAGAUGAUGAAGAGGGGUAUGGGCUCAGUAAGAAGAGUAAGGUAUGUCGGCAGAAGACCAUGCAUUUGUACCCGGAAUUGUUUAAGGAUGACGGAUUAAGUUAUGGAGGGGCUGUCAAAGGUAGAGCGGAGGUGAUGGCUGAACAUUCAAAGGCCAGAAGCCGGCCUCCUAACAUGAGUUGCCGCAUUGAGUCAUUUGGGCGCAUAUGUCAGAAAUUUGAUGACAGGAGAAGACGUUGGGUUUGUGAGAUGGGAUUUGGUAGUCUUUUACAUCUUGCUUUAGAUAUGCAUUUACCAAGACAAUUGGCAUACUGGGUGAUGACACGGAUGGAUCCAAUCAGUAAAAUACUUAGAAGUACCAACGGUGUUGAGUUUAGGUUUUUAAAGAAUCAGGUUCGGUGGGUAAUAGGGAUACCAAUGGGUCCUAGGUUUGUUCCUUGUACUAAAACCAUGACCGCACGUGAUCAUGAAAAGGUUCAGAGAAUUUUUUUGAAGUAUGGUAAAUCUUGGGAGUCCAAGAAGUCUGUUGGACAAUCUGGUCAGGUAUACACGUCUGUAGGCAUACCAUUAAGUUCAGAUAUGAUGAAUCGGUUAGAGGGGUACUUUGAUGCUGGAGAGGAAGAGGAAUUCAAGACGUUGUUCUUGAUAAUUUCUUUGGAGAUGGUGUUGUGUCCCACGCAGUCCCCCCGGCUUGCGUCUGACCUACUACCUGCAGUAAGUUGUGCUACGGAGGCAACUGAGUUUGAUUGGUGUUCUUUAGUGUUGUCGAAGUUGCUGGAGAGCCUUCAAAAUUUUGCUCGAAGUUUCCAUGCUAACGGGUUUGCCAGUGGAUGCGGCGGGUGUGCAAUAUUUGCCGUAAUAUUUUACUUGGAUCGGUUGGAUAGGGAUCCUAUUGAAUGGGAUGUUUUUCCAAAAAUUAAAGUGUGGACUAUGCAGCAGAUUGGGAAGGCAGCAAAAUCAGACAAAUUGCUGUCCGACGACUACGGGAAACUAGGGGUAAGCACUUUUGUAUUUGUUUCAACUUUUGUAUUGUUUUUAUUAUAUUGCAUAGUAUGGUUUAGAGUAACCUUAUUCCAUUUGUAUGUCUUUCUGUGGUUCAAGCUAUUGGAUGUUGCUUAUGGUGAACACCACCCAAGGGAUGCAAGGGGUAGUGUUGGACCCCUACAAGCUGGAGUGAAUAAUGUGAGGUUUGAUCUUAAAGUAGUUGUUUCACCUGUGUUCUCUGAUCUUAAAGUAGUUGCAUACGGUGAACUUUAUUGAACUUUAUUUGGAUGCAGAUGCAUGAUUUACCACCAGUGCCUGGGUUUAACUUCAAGGCUAGGCAAAGGAGGGGCCGAAUUCCUGAGCUAACAGAUGAAUAAUUCGGAUAUUCUUAUUUGUAUUUCUAUUUGUAUUCUAAUGAUUUGGAUAUUAUUUGUAUUUGGAUAUUCUUAUUUUCAGUUUCGUUGAAUACUAUUCAGAUUAAUAUUAUUUUCAAUUGACAAAAUACUAUGUGGGAUUUAAAUAAGUAAAAUGAGACUCGACAACUUGUUUAAACUAUAAACGAAGCAAAGUUGUCAAUGUCUUUGUUCAAUAUGAAUCUCAAGGUCUUGAAUUCAGCUUCAAAACCUAAGGCGGAAUUCAAGGCUUUGAGAUUCAGUUCAAAACUUAAAAAACUUAAAUUUUAGGAGACUUACAAAAAUUG